AUGGGUGUAGAGAUCAGGGUUGUUUCAAACUUUGCCAAUGCUAUGUCCCUAAGACUUGCUGACAUGGAGGGAAGUACUCAGUGUGACUGGUCCUAUGGAAAAUGUGGCCCAGCCAGGACACGCUCCGAUUAUCCCGAGGCGCGAAGCCGAGCUGCUCCUCGUCAGCCCGCGCAGCUUCUCCCUUUCUGCAGAACUUCCCCGCGCACCCCGGGAGGCGACGCUCCGCCAGAUCCCGGCGGUGCUGCCGCGGCAGCUCCAUGCCGCGGCUUCGGGCCGCCCCGGCUCCUCCCCUCGCGGUGUGCGAGUGUGUGUGUGUGUGCGUGCGCCGGGGCCGCCGCCGCCGCCGUGCCUGCCUCUCCCAGCCAGGCAGCCAGCCGCGCCGCGCUGCUGGCGGCGGCCGGAGCGGGCGGCGGCGGCGGCGCUCGGCGAGCCCCGGGCGGCUCCGCGCGGCCCCGCGGCGGCCGCCGCUGCCCAUGCCGGCCGGGCUGCCCUAGCCGCGCCGGCUCUGCUCAGCUCUGCUCGGCUCGCAGCGGGGCGGGGAGGGGGCAUCACUUCUCUGAGUCUCCCCACCAGAUCGUUAUGGACCUAUUCGACUUUUUCAGGGACUGGGACUUAGAGCAGCAGUGCUGCCUCCUUCUUCUCCUCCCUGCUCGCUUCCCCGGUGCCUUAGCCUUUGUUGACGGGCGAAGAGCCCGGUACCCGCCGGGGAGUGGGUCCGUGCUGCACUCUCAGGGAACCGCGCUGGGGCAGCCGCCGGCCGGCUCCCUCCACGCUCCGCAGCUGCGCAGCGCUCCGCAACCGCGUCGCGGGCUCCGGCUGGUGGGGGGCAACUCGCGAUCCGCCGGCGGCGGGGGACGAAGUUGUCACUAUGAACAGGACCGGAGUGCACUUAAGCGGAAAGAAUGGGAGAGAAGAAACCAAGAAGUCCAGCAAGAUGAAGAUCUCUUUGCUUCAGGCUUUAACCUCUUUGGUGAACCCUACAAGACAAAUAAAGGCGAUGCCCUUGCAAACCGUGUCCAGAACACAUUGGGAAAUUAUGAUGAAAUGAAGGACCUGUUAACCAACCAUUCCAACCAGAGCCACCUUGUAGGAAUCCCAAAGAAUUCUGUCCCACAGACACCCAUUGACAAAAAUGAACAGAACUUUUUCCCGGAACCAAGAAACAGGAUGAUCCCAUCUCAUCAAAUCAGUGGCCACUCAUCCACAUCAAUGCCUCCACCUUCUUCAUUGUCAUCCAACUCCACUUUGCUGCACAGUCACCAGAGCAGCCGGAAGUCGAGGACAGACUGGGCACGUGGUGGUCACAACUCUAGUGGGGCUCAGCCAAGCCAAUCUGGUAGUCAGCAGAGUCGGACAAAGCAUAGCUCUUCUCAUGACCAGCCACAAGGCAGAUAUGAAGACCUCUAUAAUUGUCAGAGUGAGCAGCACAAAACUGGAGGAACCGAGGAAGCAAAUUCAAUGGCAGCAUCUUCACAUUCAAGGAGGCAUACUCAUUCCAAGUCGGCACCUGGAGAACAUGCUUACAAAGAGAACAGUCACUCGAAGUCACCCACAGAGCUUGAAUUUGUAGGUCACGGUUCUGGAUCUCCACUUCCUUCCACUUCUUUGUUAUCGGCGAACAACGGUCUUUCAACCCAGAACUUCCCACCAGGACUUCACUGUAAAACCAGUAUGGUCCAGCAAAAGCCUACAGCGUAUGUCAGGCCUAUGGACGGUCAGGACCAGGUACCCAAUGACUCACCAGAACUGAAACCUCCAAUAGAAAUUGAGAAUGGAUAUGGAAAUCAGUCCUUCGGUACACUGCUGGAAGGAAAAGCGAAUGCACCUAGUUCGAAGAACAAAGUACCAAAGCUCAACAUUCCUCCUGUUAGUGAAGUUACCCUUCCCAAUGACUCCAGCUGUGUGGAAGAAAUAUUACGGGAGAUGACCCAUUCCUGGCCUCCUCCUCUUACUGCUAUUCACACUCCAGGCAAGGCUGAGCAGACCAAGUUUUCUAUCCCAAGCAAGGACUCCCAACAUCUGACCUCAGGAUACAAUGUACAAAAGUGGAGUGAUCCAGCAGGAAAAGUUGCAACUAAGUCAGUGCCACAAAAGUCAAUGCUUGAGGAUGAUCUGAAACUCAGCAGUGAUGAAGAUGACAAUGAACAGGCUGCUGAAAAGACGAAGCUGAGAAACAUUCCUGUAAAAGCAACACUUAAAAAAGACAAGCAGCAUACUGACACCAGAGGAUCUUCUCCCCACAGCAGCCUGCCAGUGCCAGCGGCACACUCAACUGGCUUGGCCCAUUCCAGUGGUGGCUCCGGCAGCUCCAGUGAGUCCGAGAGCAGCUCUGAGUCCGACUCCGACAGUGAGAGCAGCUCCAGUGACAGCGAGUGCAACGAGGAGUCACGCAGUGCCACACCAGAGCCUGAACCUCCCUCUACAAACAAAUGGCAGCUGGAUAAAUGGCUAAAUAAAGUGAACCCCCACAACAAGACCAUCAUCAACAAUCAAAAUGAGCCUCACAGCGAGACCAGCUCCCAGGCCCAGAGCAACCAGCAGGCUGAAGGGCCAAACAAAGGGAAGCUCAACAGCAGCCUGCCCCCAGCCGAUUCCAAAGACCGGGCAAUCCUUAGUCCCAUCCGAGAGAAAGCCAAACCACGGGUUGCCCAGAAAACCCCAGAGGCAAAAAGCUCCAAGCAGAAGUCACCAGCUCAUAAUGAGCCAACUUCACAAAGGACUACUGGGAAAAAGCAACCCAAAAAGGUAGAAAGGACUUCCAGUGUAGAAGAGUAUAACUGGCCCAAACCAAAUAAUACCAGCAACACUCCCAAAGAAAAAGAAACACAGGAACCCCCCGAGCAGCCAAAGGUUCGAACUAAAGCAGCAGUUGGGAAGACUGCUCCAAGGAAAGAACCCCGAACUAGCACAGGUCUCGCUUCAGAGAAGAAAAAGUACAGAGGUCCCAGCAAAAUUGUCCCUAAGUCCCGGGAAUUCAUUGAAACAGAUUCAUCUACUUCUGACUCAAAUACAGACCAGGAGGAGAGCUUGCAGGCUAAGAUAUUGCCAGCUUGCACUGGGUCUGGCAAUGGUGUCAAAGUGAAGGACACUGGCAGUAACAUCCUCAGUGUAAGUAGUUUAACUAGCAAUAGCAGCAGCACGUCCAUUGACCAGACCAGCAACGACUUGGAGGAGCAGCUCUUUUCUCCUAUCCCAAUCGUACAAAAUGAACUUCUGUCCCCACUGAGAGAAUAUGAAGAACUCAAAUCUCUGUGGGUGAAAAUAGACCUUAGUUUACUCUCUAGGAUACCUGGACAAGAGCCUUUUGAGACCACAUCUGUGAAAAGUGAACCAAGAGAGGCAAAUGUGAAACACAGGCGACCAUCUCGAGAGUCCCCUACCCCAGCAGCUGAAAAACCACCCACAAAAUCCAAAAGGAAACACAAGCAGACAGAAAGCCUGGAUACCUUUGUUGAAAGCAAGAAGCAGCGCCUGGAGGAUCCUUCAGCUUCAUGCCUGCUCCCACCUUGUAUCUCUCCAAUACCGAAUCACAGAUUGACCAGCACUAAAGAGAGCAACAGUAAUUCAGUGAAGAAGGUGGCAAAGAAAAAAGAAGAGAAGCUGUUCCCUCCUCCUUUAUCCCCCCUCUUGGAUGAGCCUGUGCACCGGCGGCACAGUGUUGAAAACAGCUCCUUCAACCAAGAGAACAGUAUCACAAGCACCUCUCAGACCAGCAGUUCUUCCUCCUCUGUUUCUAAACACAGAAAGAAUGAAAAUAAGUCCUCUUCUAACCCCAAAGGAAUCUGUGAGGAAGAAUCUCACAAUACACCAACAGCCAACACCCUUCUUGACACCAGCCACCUAGAAACAGACAUCUGGUCUGCAAUGCCAAUGCUUUCUAAUGGGAAUUCUGAGCCCAGAAGACCCAAAAUAACAUUUGAUGAUGUGCUUCACAAUGCGGAUUAUUACAUGCAAGAGGCUAAGAAGCUAAAGCAUAAAGCUGAUGCAUUGCUGGAGAAGUUCGGCAAAGCAGUGAAUUAUGCUGAUGCUGCCCUCUCCUUCAUCGAGUGCGGGAACGCUAUGGAGCGAGAUCCAUUAGAAGCUAAAUCUCCAUACACCAUGUACUCGGAGACUGUGGAACUCAUCAGGUAUGCAAUGAGACUUAAGAAUUUCACAGGCUCUUCUGCCACGGAAGGAGACAAGAAAUUAGCAGUUUUAUGCUACCGAUGCUUAUCACUUCUCUACUUGAGAAUGUUUAAACUAAAGAAGGACCAUGCUAUGAAGUACUCCAGAUCUCUGAUGGAAUAUUUUAAGGAUUGUACAAGGUGCUACACAGGCGUGAAAGGCAAAAUGAGUAAGCAGAACUCUUCAAAAGCCUCACAGGCCCCCUCACCUUGGGGCGGCAAUGGAAAGAGCACAGAAACACCAUCACCCAUGUCCCUGAGCCCAUCCCCUGUCAGCUCUGCUGGAAGCAGUGCAGGGACCGCUGGCUCCUCCUCAGCAGGGACCAUCACCAUCCCUCAGCGUAUUCACCACAUGGCUGCCAGCCACGUCAACAUCACCAACAACGUCCUGCGGAGCUAUGAGCAUUGGGACAUGGCUGACAAGCUGACUAAGGAGAACAAAGAAUUCUUUGUAGACCUGGACUCAGUGAUGGGACCAUUGACACAACACAGUAGUAUGACCAAUCUGGUUCGUUACGUUCGCCAAGGACUCCACUGGCUCCGCAUUGAGGCUCAUUUGUUGUAG